GGCCAAAAAAUACGGAAACAGACGAGCAGCAACAUGGACGAACUCUGACCUCACGAACUGCUACUGCCGACGCGGCGACGCUUGUCGGUUGCCGCUUGCCGCCUGCCGGAUUUCUUCAAUUUCUUAUUCCUCAAUCCUCAGGCCUCACCCUUCUUGUGCUGCUUGGUGCAGAGUCGCCUACUAGCCUUCAGCCCCUCACGGCUUCACUGCCUGUCUGCCUCAGGCCUUACCAAUCAGAGAAAGCCUUCAUGCUCUUGACUCUUCAGCUGUGCAGCAGUAAUGUUAAUUUAUGGAUAUAGCGUGUAUUCCCCAUCAUCAAGCAGCCGCCGUAGACUCGGAGCUGCAAUGCAGUAUGUGGCGACAGCCUCCUCAAUUUCAAGCCUCAAAUUAGUCCCCUGGCGAAAGGACCAAAAGCUAGACGAAGCAAUCGAGAAGGACAAGAAAUGGAGGCUGUGCGCAAGGGUGGUGAGAGAGGUGAUGAACGAACCCGGUCAGGCAAUUCCUCUCCGAUACUUACAGAAACGGCGGGAGAGGCUCUCUCUCCGUGUUAACGUCACAACUUUCCUUUCACAAAACCCGGGGUUGUUCGACAUAUAUAAGGAUCGGAUCCGACCUAAGUCUGAACCCGUCCCAUUCCUACGGGCAAGUACGGGUCUGAGGCGAUUCCUGGAAGAAGAGAAGAGGAUUUACAUCCAAAACGAGAGCUUUUUAGUUUGUAAGCUAUGUAAGUUGCUGAUGAUGGCUAGGAAUAGAGUGAUUAGCGCAGGUAAAUUGUUGGAGGCCAAGAGGGAAUUCGGGUUCCCAAAUGAUUUUUUAGUGAAUCUGGUUCCCAGAUACCCAGAAUAUUUCAGGUUGUUAGCGGGUAGUGAGGGGAAAGCGUUCUUGGAAUUGGUGACUUGGAAUGAGGAUUUUGCAAAAUCAGUGAUCGAACAGAGAGCAGAGGAAGAGUCAAGGUUAACUGGGAUAAGGGUGAUGCCGGCAUUUGACUGGAUCCUUCCACCGGGCUUCUUCUUAAAAAAGGAAAUGAGGGAAUGGGUGAGGGAUUGGAUGGAACUGCCUUAUGUAUCCCCAUACGCGGAUGUCUCAAACUUGGAACAAUGUUCGAGAGAGAUGGAGAAGAGAACAGUGGGAAUCUUCCACGAACUGCUUUCCCUAUCUAUUCACAAGAGGGUUUCGAUUCCAGUUCUAGGGAAGUUUGGGGAGGAGUACAGGUUUUCAAACGCAUUCCCCAACCUGUUCGGGAGGCAUCCGGGGCUGUUUUACGUGUCAUUGAAGGGAGGGAUCAAGACGGCUAUGCUCAGGGAAGCUUACAAGGGUGAUCAGCUGGUUGACCGGGACCCACUGCUUGAGAUUAAGGACAAGUUUAUUGAGCUGCUGCUUGCUUGAUGACUCAAGUGUGUCCUUGUUUUGUUUUUUAAGGGAUAGAGGUUGUGUUGUGCAUUCACUGCAUAACAGGGAUCGAUACUGAGCUGUAUUGCAUUCACUUAAAUUAGUCACUUUUAUGUGACUAUUUUCACCACCUUUCUCACCUAUAGAAUCUAAAUAUCGAGUUACUUGUGAAGUGAGGAAUUACUUUUGCAAUGUCAGGAACAAUGGUAUCUAUGAAGACGGAUUUGGUGCUCCUCCUCCACUUCCAAAUAUGUGCACUUACUCCUACCAUAUGCGUGUACAUGCAUUCUCGCGACACAGCAUCAGCAAAUCGGAAAUUAUCAAAUCUACUCUUACAAGUUCUUUCAAAAGUUAGUAGAAGCUCAAUUCGACUCCGAGCAGCCAUUGAAGAAGAAGAAAUAGAUAGCGAAUGAAUUGCUUGGUCAUUAUGUCAAUUUUUUCGUCUGAAUUAUCACAAUCUUUGUAUCACUUUGAGCCCGUUUGGAGACCCCUUUUUUCGGCUUAUCAGGCUUGUCAGCCAGCUUUUUCACCAAACACGUAAUUUUUACUUUCGCGUGCUGAAUUGUGUAAUAAGCAGAAAAAGUAAGGUUGGAGUUACUUUUCUGGCUGUAUUGGCUGAAGUUACUGUAGAUGACCAUUUUAGCUAUUUUUACAUGUAAUUUUUUCUUUAUUUUAUUAAUAAAAUAUUUUUUUAAAAUAUUUUUUUCUAGAAUCAGCAGAAUCAGUCAAAACAGCCACUUCAGCCAGAACUUCAUAAAUUUCAGCAGAAACAGCCAAAACAGCCGAUUUUCGUGCUACCAAACGGGCUCUUUAUAUUAUGAAUCUGUCGCUUUUGUGCA